AACUCAAUGCUAUUAAUACUCCUUCGCACAACAUCAAAUCCAUCAUUCCGAAUUUUGUUUUCCUUUAUUUUCAUUUACAACCUUGUUCGCACCCUCCCUUCAAUCCCUACAUUUGGCUAGUUGAGGUUUUAUUUUCUGCUAUUUUUUUUUUAAUUUUUUUUUUCUUUCUGUUAUGGAACGAAUGUUAUCAAUCCAACCUGCAACUUACGGAAACCUAAUAACCAUUUUAAGCAUUGAUGGAGGCGGCAUAAGAGGAAUAAUCCCAGCAACCAUUCUCUGCUUCCUCGAGUCACUACUCCAGGAGAUGGAUGGUGAGGAUGCAAGACUUGCAGACUAUUUCGAUGUGAUCGCCGGUACAAGCACAGGUGGCCUUAUGACUGCCAUGUUGGCUGUGCCGAAUGAAAUCAAUCGUCCCUUGUUUGCAGCCAAGGAUAUCAAGGCCUUCUACCUCAAUCACUGUCCUAAAAUCUUCCCACAAUACAGAGGGCCAUUUUCCUCGCUUGCAAUGAUAAUCAAAGAAUUAAUGGGACCAAGAUACAACGGCAAGUAUCUUCAUGGACUUGUAAGGGAAAAACUAGGAAAAACGAAGUUGCACCAGACCUUGGCAAACAUCGUUAUUCCAACUUUCGAUAUCAAGCAGCUCCAGCCUGCCAUCUUCUCCACUUAUGAGGUAAAAUCAAACCCAUCCUUGGAUGCACUGCUCUCAGAUAUAUGCAUUGGUACAUCUGCGGCUCCAACGUAUCUUCCUGCCCAUUAUUUUGAAACCAAAGAUUCUCAAGGGAAGGUGAGAGAAUUCAACCUAAUUGAUGGUGGUGUCGCGGCUAAUAAUCCGGCAUUGGUUGCCAUUGGUGAAGUCACAAAGGAGGUUUUCAAAGGGAACCCAGAUUUCUCUCCUAUCAAACCCAUGGAUUACCGACGGUUCCUAGUUAUCUCAAUAGGAACUGGUUCACCAAAGAAGGAGAACAAAUACAAUGCAAGUCGCACAAGCAAGUGGGGGGUUCUGGGCUGGUUGCUAAGUAGCGGUUCGACUCCAUUUGUGGAUGUUUUCACUCAAUCAAGCGCUGAUAUGGUUGGCAUUCACCUGUCUGUGAUUUUUCAAGCCCUCCAUUCAGAAUGUAACUACAUUCGGAUUCAAGAUGAUACAUUAAGCGGGACUGUGUCAUCCAUCGACAUGGCAACCAAGGAAAACUUAGAAGAUCUUGUGAAGAUUGGCGAGGGGCUGUUGAAGAAACCAGUUUCGAGGGUGAAUUUGGAGACAGGUGUUUUUGAAGCUGUCGAAAACGAAGGAACGAAUGAACAAGUACUCAGAAGAUUUGCCAAACAGCUUUCAGAUGAAAAGAAAAUUAGGGAGAUGAGAUCACCUCAUACCAAAUCUUUCAAAUCCAAUGGCCAUGAAUUAAAAUUGUAAAUGGACC